AUGGAGUCCCAAGAGCGAAGGAACAUCGAUGAUGCUCUGUCGGCAGAAUUUCAGUCGUCUAGCCGGAUUACAGAGACCGAGAUAAGUCCGCAGCUUAAAUCAGCAGAUCCAGUAGCGAGCUCAGAGACCGAGCGCCGGGAGACGCUUCGUACACUGCGCCUAGCUUUUGUAGGUAAUGUAGACAGUGGGAAGUCCAGUCUCAUUGGUACACUUAUCAAAGGGGAACUGGACGACGGUCGAGGUCUUUCUCGUCAGGCCAUUUUCCGGCACAAGCACGAAAUUGAAACUGGCCGCACCAGCAGCGUGGCCACAGCCUAUUUGGGUUUUGAUGAGAGUGGAGAUCAGAUUCUGUCAAAGCGAUCAGGCAAGCUUAUUCCUUGGGGAGAAUUAGCCAAAAUUGCACACAAGCGGAUUCAAUUGAUUGACUUGGCUGGUCACGAAAAGUACUUGAAGACAACAGUGUUUGGGCUCACAGGUAUGCAGCCAGAUGUAGUCGUAGUUGUUGUGGGGGCCAAUAUGGGCGUCAAGAGGAUGACCAAGGAGCAUUUGGCCAUCGCUGUGGCGUUGGAGAUUCCCAUUGUGGUUGCACUAACAAAGAUCGAUAUUGCACCCAAAAAUGUGGCGAAAGAGACACUAGUGACUGUACGUCAAAUCUUACGACGCUACGGUAAAAUGGCAAUGCUCGUGAAGACACUGGAGCAAGCCGUGACAGCAGCAAAAAGUCUGCCGUCGAAUCGUAUAACACCAGUUUUACCAAUAUCUAAUGUCACGGGUGAUGGAUUGGAAAAUCUUCGACGAAUACUUUGUGAGACGUCGCCGUCGGCGCUAUACAAGGCAGGAUUGUCCGCCUCAACUCUUGCAACGACUAGAUCGAUCAACCAGGAGGAGCGUAUUGCAGUCGCAACACCUGCCACUGGAGGUGACUCAAAAAAAGUUGAGAUACGUACAGAUGAUUUGGUUGAAAUGCCAAUUGACGAAACGUAUCAAGUUCCCGGGGUAGGCUUCAUUCUCGCUGGUACUCUUGUGACCGGAGCUUUCAAGGUUAAUGAUACGUUGCAGAUUGGACCUGACUACAAUGGAAAUUUCCACAAGGUCACCGUACGUUCGAUGGAGUCGAUGUAUAUGCCACUGAAGGAGCUUGUCCCUGGACAAACCGCAGCGCUGGCUGUCCGGUCGAUCAAUAAGAAAUUUUUGCUAAGUCGAGCCACAUUCCGUAAAGGAAUGAUUUUGUUAAGCCCGGAAAUUAAGGUGGACAAUUACGUAUCGCGAUUGUUUGAGGCUCGUGUUGUGAUUCUGCACCACCAGACAACAGUAACGGUCGGCUACCAACCGAUGAUUAACUGCCGGACUAUUCGACAAACCGCAGAAAUAGUCUCCAUUGAAUCGAACCAAGAUGUUAUUCGCACAGGAGAUAAAGCACUGGUUCGAUUUAAAUUCAUUCACGCACCCGAAUUCUUAAAGAAGGGCAUGCGAUUUGUGUUUCGAGACGGCCAAGCGAAAGGAAUCGGCAAGGUUGUCCGGAUAAUUCCCACCGCUCAUUUGGAGGCAGUGGAAACCUCCACCAAAUCUGAUUGA